AUGAGUGUUUCUUCCCUCUCUGUGGCUCCCGUAUCGAAUACAAAGGCCCAUGUGACCGUUGUAAUCCUGGUCAUUGUAAAUUUACUCAACUAUAUGGACCGAUUCACGAUCGCGGGCAUUCCUAUCAACGUGCAACGAUUCUAUCAUAUAGACGACGAAAAGAUGGGUCUACUUCAGACCAUGUUCUUUGUCUCGUACACCUUACUUAGCCCGAUAGCUGGCUAUUUUGGUGAUCGAUGGCAUCGGAAGUAUAUUAUGGUCAUGGGUCUGGUGCUUUGGAUCUGUGUCACUUUGUGCAGCUCUUUCGUUCCAGCACAUUUGUUUCCCCUGUUCAUGCUCACCCGGUGUUUGGUUGGAGUUGGAGAGGCGAGCUAUUCAACCAUUGCGCCAACUAUCUUAUCCGAUUUGUUUGUCGGUAGUAAGCGAAUGAAAAUGCUCGGAUUUUUCUACUUCGCCGUUCCCGUCGGAAGUGGAUGUGGAUAUGUGCUCGGUUGGGCGGUCACUCGGUUGACAAACCAGUGGCAAUGGUCACUUCGCAUUACCCCAUUGUUUGGCAUAGUCUGUGUGCUAUUACUGGUUUAUCUACACCAGGACCCACCUCGUGGUCAGGCAGAAGGUGCGGCUCGAUUACAAACCACUUCAUGGAUUACUGAUCUUCGCUCGCUUAUACUCAAUCCGGCAUUCAUGCUAGUCAGCGGUGGAUUCACCUGCUCCACAUUCAUUCUGGGUGCGGUCACUUGGUUUGGCGUGCAACUGAUCCAGCUUGGUCUGAAUGCCACACAUGACGAUCCGAACGCAUGGAAAGCGUACAACCCUGGUACUUUGAGUGGUAAACCAAAUAUUAGCGUCCGUUCAAUUGUUGUACUGAGGUCUAGAUUAAAACUGGUGCAUCGUUUUUGUGCAACAGAGUGCAAUAAAGCGAACUUGGCUGAUUGCUGCCUAGUUCAUAACAUAUGCGCAUACUAA